GUCACUGCCAUCAUCUCAGCUGUAUAGACUGAUAAUUUAUCAUUGACAAUUUAUCAUGACAUUAUCAUUUUGAUCUUUUGAGCCGUCAGUAAAUAUUUUUAAGUAAUUAUAAAAAUGAUUCAUUAUAUACUGGUUUGCACUAUUUCGCCUGCCACACAAUCAUUCUUUAGCUCCGUGAUACUAAAAUCAACUUUAGCCUUAGGAAAUAGCCAUGGGGGAACAUUAAAGCUCGUUUCUUUAAUGUUAUAUUCUUCUGAUUUAUCUUUUAUCUUCCAUCCAAAACCAUUUCCCUUAAAUGUGUUAUACUCACAGCAUUCAUUUAAAACACUUUUGCAGUAUUUUGAUCCCCAGAUCCUCUAAGACAAAUCCAGUAAGUACAUGUUUGUCCCUUCUGAGCUCUAGUGGGCUUCUCCCUAUUCAACCAGCACUGCAUCACUUGGAGUUGACCUCAUUGCAGCAAUGCUAAGUCUCAAGGCUUUGUUUUGUAUGCUAUCAGUUUUAUUUUAUUUGGCUGCUGCCCCAUAAACAAAACACCCAUAAUCGAUUGCUGAGCUCAUCAACACUCUAUAUCUAUUAAUGCUUAUCUGCUCCCCAGUUGUAUCCAGAUAUAGCCUAUAGUUCUCAUUAGAUUAAUUAAUUUUUUACAUUUUGUUUCUAGUUUUUCAACAUGUAUCUUCCAUGUACAUCUUUCAUCUAGCCAAUCUCCCAGGUAAUUGAAUUCCUUUACUUUUUCCAAAAUGGGGCCUGAGGUACAUCUAGCAAGACUCACUGGUUGAAAGUUUAAAUCCCCAAUUAUAUGACCGUUGUUAUACCUUUAGAAUAGCCUCCCCAAUCUUUCUCAGCACACUUGCCUCAUCUCUCCCCCUGAUCCAUAUAGCUCCAAGAUGUCAAGAUAACCGAGACAAUGAAAUACAUGACAUCCGUUUAAAUAUUUAAAAAUAAAUAAUGUUCUUGACAUAUAGGCUACCGUAGGUUUGUGGAUGAUAAAUGUACACGUCUGCCUCAAUAUACAAUAUAAUCAAAACAUAACUACAGAAUGUUUAGUUGAGCCCUUAUUAUAAGUCCUGUGCAUCUCUUGUUCAUUUUUUUGUGGAAUAUUAAUAUCAUGAGGCUUAGAUUUGCUUGCCCAUGCAGAUUUACUGGAAACUGUAAGCGAUAAUAAGUUUGAAGUUACCGCUAUAUGCUAUGCCUUUAUUUUGGAGAUAACAUGUUUGACUUCCUAUAGUAACUGGCUAGUUGCUCUGCUCCACGCAAGGGCCACGAAGAAGUAAAAACGCAUUAUAAAAAGCAUUUUGAAUGUUUACCGGUAUGGCCAUUGUGUCAAGAUGUAGGCAGAAACAUAAUACAACCAGAGGUGGGUUUCGGUAAAGUUGGCUUUAACAAAUGUUGAUGUCAAAAACUCGCAUGCGUAUAAAACGACAUUGACGACAAUCCAAGGCGACUGACGACAGGCCUACCAUUGCGCAUGUGCUCGCUGGUUGUUGUCAGCGGUGGUUAUGGAGAUGAGAUGGGACUGCAAGCUGUCAACAUUACGGUGAUGUUCGUGUAUCCACCAGAGGGAUGCCCAGGAAGAUAGGAUUCAUUGUGGUCAACUCUUCAAGUCAUGAGGACAACUUCAGUGCCAAGGAGCUCAUGGUCCAUGCACCCACAGUCAAUGGCUGGAGAUCCAGCAGGCUGUGCUCCUAUCCUCAGCACAUCACCCUCCAGCUGGUGGAGAGAAGUAGGGUGAGGAAGCUGCAGCUGCUGGCCCACCAGUACCUGAUCCCAGCCAAGGUGGAGUUCCACAUUGGAGACACCCUCCCUGAAACCAGCACCCCAGGGUUCCCUGGGCAACUUCGCAGACUCGGGUACGUGUCUUUGUCGGACAAUGAGAAGACAGGCUUCAAAGCUCGGGAGCUGAAAUCAGUCCAUGUAGACGCCAUCGGAACAUACCUGAGAAUAACCUUCCAUAGGAACUAUGUCAACCGUUACAAUCCCUACAAUCAGGUUGCUUUGGUUGCCAUUAAUAUUCUGGGAGAUUCUUUGGAUGGCAAUGCUUUUAACACAAUUCCAAGCAGAGAGCAGCUGAUCGAACACUACCUCAACAGUACCCAGCUGGAAGCCGCCUUGGACAAGACGUUCAUGGGCAAAUGUGAGUCCAUCUCCCCCUUGGACGACCUGGCCUUCGACAUGUACCAGGACCCCGAAGUUGCCCACAUCAUCCGUCUCCUGGACCAAAAGAAGCAGGACAUGGUCCGGCAGGAGAAAUACGAGACGGCCAAGAAUCUGAAGCAGGCUAUUGCAGACCUGCAAAAGGUGGGGGAGCGUUUGGCUCGAUAUGAUGUGGAGAAGCGAUGUGCCAUCGAAAAGGAGGACUAUGACCUGGCCAAGAAGAAGAAGGAGCUGAUGGAGGAGUACAGGAGGAGCGUCUACCAGCAGCUGGAGGUCCACAACCUGCUGGACAUGGCGAUGAUCAAGAGGGCAGCAGAUUCAUCCCCAGCCCAGGAUCCUCCCUCCCUUCAGCCCUCUCCAGGUCACUGCUCAGUCCCCACCAAGCCCCUUGUGUCCACAGACACAUUCAGGAAGGGGGAAACAACUAACGCGCCUCAGAACCUACAGUCAGACACAGGAACUGUUGCACGCAAACUAAGCAGCCAACCUGAUACACCGUGCACCCCUGCUGCUGUACCCAAGAUAGAUGUUACCAGUGUGCCUUAUGAUGAGAGGCCGCUGCCCGCCCUUCAGAGGAAAGACCGACCUGUGGAGGCCAUCCAGAGCCCUGCAGAGCAACGCUCCCCCCAACCUGACGUCCAACAAACUCCACACAGCCCUGAGAUGAGCGGAGAGCCAGAGGCCAUGACGGAAAAGGCCCAGAGAGAGGCUGGUUUUCCAAUAGAGGUCUAUGGAGAAAGCCUGGUGGCUGGGAUGUAUUCCAAAACAUGGUCCUACAGAGAGGAUGCUCUGCUGGCUGUGUACAAGAAGCUUUUGAAGCUAUCACCCACCACCCCCAGGGAGGAGCUGAGAAACAUGAUAAGAGCUGCAGUCUUCCUGGUCAAGAAGGCCCUGCUGGAUAAAGUGUCAUCUGUUUUCCAUGCCUCCUUGAAGCUGCUGCUGCUGCUGCUGAGCCAGCUGAUCCCAGGUCUGGGGCUGGGUCGGGCCGAGUUGACCCACUGCUUGGAGCAGACCUGGCCCAACCUGCUGGCCAGGACUGGAGACUCAGCUAGCCGCCUCCGGGUCACGGCCACUGCCUUCAUACAGGAAAUUGCUGUUUUGAAGAAUGUACGUGCCCUGCAGGUAAUCCCUGUUGAGGUGGCGAAGCCCUUCAAAUCCAACUUCCCCUCUCGUCUGGCUCAGAGUCAGGCAGAGGUGCUUGAGAAGCUACUGGCUGAGCUGGGUACUGAGAACUCUGGCUUCACCCUGGACAAUGUCAUGACGUUCUGUACAGCAGCUUUGGAGCACAGUGCCUCAGCGGUUCGAGAGCUGGCAGUGCGCAUCAUCUUAUCCAUGUACCAGCAGCACAGAGCUGCUGUUCUUAGCUACCUUCCACCCAACAAUGCUGCCACACGAAAGAACUUCCUUUACAAAUCCCUUUUCGAUGGCUUUGCCAAGAUUGACGGAAAGCUGGUAGAGACUCAGACUCUGAAGAAGGGAGAUGGUCAGCAGGAUGGGCAAAAAGAGAAGGAGGAGAUCCACUCUCUUCAGGAGCAGCUGGCUGCCUUGAAAGAGAUCACAGAGAGGGGGAAUGAAAGCACCAAAGGACAAAUGCCCAAGGAAGAAGCUCCCAAAGUUGACAAAGAGUCCCAAAAAGCUGGAAAAGCAACUGUCACAAAAGUGCCCCAGAACAAGGUAACCAACAGUGUUGACGUCCAACAAUCUACCAACUAUCUGGACAACCUGUGUAUAUUCUGCGGUAAAAAGGAUGAGUCAUUCACAGAGGAUGGAUUGGACCUUCACUACUGGAAACACUGUCCUAUGCUGAGACGCUGUGAUGAAUGUAGACAGGUAGUCGAGAUAGCCAGCCUCACAGAGCACCUACUGGGUGAAUGUGAAAGCAGGUCCAAGUUUAGCCAGUGCCCACGCUGCUCAGAGGCCGUGGCCACCGAAGAUCUGACUCGCCAUGUCCAAGGUCCCGCCUGCAACCCCCCCAUCUCGGGUAAAGGCUCCAACCACUGUCCUUUGUGUCACAACAAUUUCAUGCCUGGAGAGGAGGCCUGGAAGGCUCACCUCAUGGGCAGGGAGGGCUGUAAACAAAACUCACGCAGGACUGCGGUGUCCCAGAGAACCCAGCCAGCACAAGGCAGGGCUGUCGGUGGAGCCAAGCUGAAGCAGGCCUGGUCGGUCGGGGCCAGAGCCAGACCCAUGGGCAAGGGAAGCCGGAUCCCAGCCCUGGCACCCCUGGCCAGAGGACAUACACCAGGGAAGCAUUGAAACUGGUUCAGAGCACCCCCACCCCACCCUGCCUCCCUUACACCCAGAGGAGGAACCCAACUGCAACAAACACCCCUGAUGUAACCCCACCCCACUCCCGUAUUUCCCGGCCCAGAGCGUUCCUGCAUAUCGGCACUUUUAGAAAACACAUCUGAUAGGUGUCAGAUGUGUUCACUGACAUAUGCAAUAGGAUUUUAAAGGCCAAUACAGACUUGUGAUCUAAGCCACCGAUAUAUUUAACAUCUUUUUAGAUUAUCAAAAAUGGAAUACCCCAUCUUAUAAGUUUAUGUGCAAAUUGGCAUUACAACGUGGUGUUGUAUCCACUUAUUGAGACACUAUAGAUUUACUGUAAUUCUAGUCCUUUUCUGAUCAGUGACAGAAAAUCCACACAGAGAAGAGACAGCUGGACUCAACGAUGUUAGACCUUUUGCCUCUUUUGUCUAUAUGUCAAGCAUCUGGCGUUACACAACUGCCAGACUUGUAAACAUGAGCACAGUGUGUGCUGUUUACUGAUAUCUCCUUACAGGAUAUCUCGGUUUUGGAUCUUAUUUUUCAUAUCGCUUCACUGCCGUUUGGAGCCUCCAUAGUGGGGAAUUGUAUUGUCUGGUAAAUACCCACGUCUUACAAACUCCACACCCUCGAUUUGCAAUGCGGGCUUUCUGUUAUAAAUGAGAUAUCUCUGAGCCCAUGCUGAGAUAACCCUGAUGGCAUCACUCUGACAUCAUCAGGGUUAGUUUCUCAGACUUGACAAAGCUCUUCCAGAGAAGACAUCAUACAACUGUUUUCACAGGCUCGUAAAUGAACCUUUCUGUGUAAAACUUAUCAAGGUUCCCUCACUGUCCAGCUAUCCAAAGCUGCUGUAAAUGUGAACAUUUUAUUUUAAAAUGAUAAAAAAAAAUUGGCAAUUUUUAGAAAUAAAACUAGAAUGAGUGAUCACCUGUGUAGAAUCUGUGUCUGCACAGGAUGAAGGGGUUAAGAGCUUCCCAUGAAUAUGUAAUCAGUCACUACAAGCAGAAGACUUUCCCUCCCUUGGCAACACUCCAGCAGACGAUGCUUCAAUCCUAAAGCCAUUGACAACCUGAGUGUAGCUUUGCUGUCAGCUUCACGCUCCGCCAUGUGUUUACAUUUUUCUUUUUAUUUCUUGUCUUAAAUAAAUUAUAUAGAAGAAAUGAAGUAGCACUUUGCCAAAGGGAUGAUGCUUCACUGCUGAAUUUUCAGUACAGUAUGGACUUAAUGUAUUUUCCUGCUUAAUGCCUGCUGACAAUCUUGAGUAGAUGGCACAGUUUUAUAUGCUCUACUAGUCUAGUGAGAGACACAAAGCCGACAUUUUAACUUUAACGAGAAAAACACAAUGGAGAUGAAUGUACUGUAUACAGUAGAAUUUGUGUAGCACCUGUUUUUCUUCAAUUCUACUCGUUUCUGCUGAAUAUGACUUAGGCUGACCCCAACAAACAGUUUGAAGCACAUCAGUGGCUUUAAACUGAUUUUAACCACAAACUCAGAGUGUAAGUACUCUGACAAUAAUUCGCAAGAUUUAUAGUUAACGCUGUAAUUUUACGACUUCUGUUGUACUACACAGUGUCAUGACGAUGUUGAUUGGAAUAUAUCUGUGAUUGAUCUACAGCCAAGAACUAACAGAAACAUCCUUAAAACAGUCUGAUGUGUUUACAAAUUGUAAUAUUAGGAGGAUACAUUUUUUAUUAAUCUGAGCGAUAACAGUAACUCUUGUAUUAGUGGAGAAACAUCUUGAAUAUAGUUGGUGUAUAAAAUAGUAUAUUUGGUUUAUUAGCCCCCAAUCCGUCAUCUUGGCUUUAAUGUGCUUCUGUUUUGAGGACUAUUGCAACAGUGGAUAUUUUAUUGCGUUUUUUUAUGUGCAUAGUAGUCAGUAUUUACUGAAUAAUAUUUUUGACAUCAAAUGGAUAUUUUUUUCUGCAAAAGUAUCUGUAUUUGUUUAAAUAAAGCUACAUUAAGCUGAACAUUGCAGAUGUGGUUUGACAUGACAAAAGGUUUCUGAUACUAUUUAAACUUAAGAGUUGAAGUUGCCUGUGGUUAGAAGCUCUAACUGCCCUCUAUUUAGCAAUCAGAUGAAACUAACAUACUGUAAUAUACAAAAACACAUGUUUUGCAGUUCUGCUAAACAAAGUUGUAGUUGCCUGCAGAACUUGAGAUCUUGUCAUCGCAUGCCAAAUCUUCCCCAGUAAUGUGCUGUUCUCCAGCUGUUCAUACAUCAAUAUGAAUCAAAUACUGUAUUUACAAAGUUGACAGAGAGCUCCAGUUUUAUUUACAGUAUCAUACAUAAAGCUACAGUAUUACAUCCCUUUAGUUUCUUUGGUUUUUGGCCUACCUCUGCAAAUCAUACACAAAUGAAUUAACACUUAAAAAUGAAAUAAAAUAAUAUAUUAACUUAAGAAAAUCAAAUCAUUUGAUUUUUACAAUGUCAGUACCCUAAAAAAAAAACAAUCACUCAACUAUGAACUGUUUGUUCUGUGCUAUGUGCUGAGUCGUAUAUAUAUAUUCACUUUGACAGUCACUGAAAUCCUGAAAUUAGAAAUUGACAAUAAAAUCAGCUGUUUCAGAGGAACACCUGGA